AUGGACGGACCAGGUAGCAGCACUAUGACCAUGGCGGCCGCGCCCUCUGCGCAAGGCGCUGGCGCCGGCGCGUCGAGCUUCGACGACUGGCUGUUCCCAGAGGCUUCGCGAAUGGGCGCAUUUGGCGAGUACGGCAAUGAUGCAGAGGCCGACGCUGAGGCAGGCGGCUGGGCCGCAGACGCAGGCGCAGAGGCUGACGCCGAGGUUGAUCUAGACGCGGACGCGGAUCCCGAGGCAGACGCAGACGCGGGCGUGGGCGCGGCCGUUGGAGCCGACCCCGGCGCGGGCGUGCUAGCCGCGGGCUCGCUGUCGUCGUCGUCGUCGUCGUCUUCCGCGGGAUCCCCGCUGGACCAAUUCUCGUCCCUGUUCGACUCGAACGCAAUGCUCGCGCGCGGGUCCGACUCGGACACGCUCUUUACCGCUAGCAACUCGGCAUCCGGGUCGCCAACCUUCGUGAAAAGAGAGGAUGCGCAGAUGUGCGGUCCUGCUGGGCUUGGCGCGAGCGCGGGCGGUCUUUCGGCCGAGGGCGAGGCCCCCGGCUCACUGCCGCUGGCGCUCGACGUGCCGGAGCUCAGCGCGUUUGACGGUCUAGACGCCGCCGCAGCUGCGGCGGAUGCCGACGUCGGUGGCUCUGCGGCCGCCAACGCCGCGGCCGCUGCCGCUGCCGCCGCCGCGGCGGGCGCGCGCAAGAAGCGCGCUCCCCGCAAGCGUCUUACUGCGCACCAGAAACAAGCGCAUAACAAGAUCGAGAAGCGCUACCGCAUCAAUAUCAACACUAAGAUUGCCAAGCUGCAACAAAUUAUACCGUGGGUCGCAUCUGAGGAGACCGCGUUCGAGGUCGGCGAGACCUCGCGCGGCAACUCGCGCGGCGGUGAAUCGGUCGCCACCGCCACACCUAAGCUCAACAAGAGCAUGAUCCUCGAGAAGGCCGUUGACUACAUCCUGUACCUGCAGAAUAACGAGCGUCUGUACGAGAUGGAGGUGCAGCGGCUGAAGAAGGAGGUGGAGCGUGCGCGCACGGAGCGCGACACUGCUGCCCGCAGCUAG